UUCCAAUCCCAAAGAUUUGGGACCAAAAGCGGUUAGCGGGGGACCAUUUUCUUCACACGCCACAAGAGGAGAAAAAAACCCCUUGCCAUCUCUCAAAACCCCUCACUCAAAUCAUCACACCGUUUGCCCGAAAAUGUCCAAUAAACUGGACAUGUCUCUCGACGACGUGAUCAUGAACAGUCAGAGAUCCGGAGGCUACAAUGGUAAUUCCAGGGGCCGAGGCGGCGCCUCCGGUCUCGGUCCAGACCGUAGGUUCGCGAACCGCACCGUGCCUAGAAUGGCGCCGUACUACACUCCGCAGCCAAUGCAAGUGGUGGAUUCCAUUUUUCAGCAUCAAAUGGUGUUGGGUGGAGGCUCAAACACAGAUGAAGGCACCAAACUAUAUAUAUCAAACUUAGAUUACGAUGUUUCUGGCGAAGAUCUUCAGGUCCUUUUCUCUGAGGUUGGUGACUUGAAAAGAUAUUCCAUUCAUUAUGAUAGGAGUGGAAGGUCAAAGGGAACGGCAGAAGUCGUCUUUUUACGACAGUCGGAUGCUGUGGCAGCCAUCAAGAGAUACAACAAUGUUGAACUUGAUGGGAAGCCAAUGAAAAUUGAGCUGGUAGGGGUGAGUUUGGUUACGCCUGCCAUUGUACCUCCUAGUACAAGUAGCAUCUUAGGAAAACCAAUUGGCACCUUCAGAAGUGGACAAGGGCUGGCUGGACAUGGGGGCUGGGUUCGAGGUGGUGGUAGCGGCUUUGGCCAUGGACCUGCAAGGGGAAGCACACAGAGGAAAGGUCAUGUUGAGAAGUUAACUGCGGAAGAUCUUGAUGCUGACUUGGAGAAAUACCGCCUUGAAACUCUGCAAACGAACUGAACUCAAUUUAUAGUUGAUGCUUUUAGUGACUCGCUUGGCUCAUGUGAGUUUCUCCUGAAACACGGUAUGUUAUAAGAUGUGUUGGAAAUGUCAAUUUUAGGAAAUUUUAACGGCAUGGUUUAGUCUGCGACUGGGACAGAUGCCUACCUCAUUCAGCUGGUUUUUGUCACGCAAAUCCCAGGCUGCCUGUGGGCGUGGCCCUUGCCAUUCCUCUGAAAUUACCAUACAUCGUACAUAUUAAUUAUCGUAGUAUAAGCAGUCUCGAGCAUUUUCGUUU